AUGUUUAAAAAAGUCACCCAAUCCAUAGUAAAUCAAAUGGACCCAAAAGGAGACCUGCUCCCAGUUCACAGCAUCUUGGACCAUGAACAUUUCAGACCCCUCUGUCUGGUGAGAAGAAAGAGAAAAGCCGUAUUCCAGCCAUCCCCCAGCUACAGACAGACGUGGUACAGACUCGAGGACGUGCUGCUGCCCAGAGAAGAUGCUCACAGCACAGAGUCCCUCGUUCUCCACGGAGGUGGCGACGAUUCCAGGCAGUUCACACUCAAGAAAAGCAUCAGUGACAGAGUGGAUGGGAGCCUCAGCCUUUCUUUUGACUCUACAAGCAUAGAGCUGACAGGAGCUGCCUCCUUGUCCAAAGGCUGGGUCAUCAAGCUGGAGAAGAAACACAUACCAGUACCAAAACUUCAGGCACUGAAAGCAGAAAGAAAAAUAAACAUGAAUCACUCCUUCAUUCAACAACUCCAGAAAACAGACCAGAAUUUAUACAUCGUGCAUGAAACGAUAGAAGCCUCCGAGGAGACCAGCUACGAGGAAUCCACCACGGCACAGGGGAGCUUCAUGACCCAGCUUUAUGCCAAGUUUUGUGCAAAGGGCACCAGAGAGAACACCACAAGUAUAACUAUACCCAAGGGCUGCACCCUGGCCUUCAGGGUGAUCCAGCUGGCCAUUAAAGAGGGAUCCUGGGAUCUUGACUAUUUUUCACAAAAAAGCAGAUCAACCUUCGUAUCUGAUGGUUUAUUAGUGAUGAAGUCAUGCAUAAUACACCCACAAAGAAAAUUAAAAGAACUGGAGGUGGAAGUUAAAGAGAAUUGUCAAGUUCUCUCCAAGUUGUCUUCCGCUCUGCUCGGCAUAUUUUUAAAAGCCAUCAAAGCUGUGAUGAGAAACAGGAACCUCUUUCAAGAGCUGACCCACAAAAUGGAAGCAGUUCUGGAUGAAACUGAUAGUUGUAAACUGGAAACAAAAAGCCCAGACUUUAAAGACCUGUUGAGCAGCUUACAGCACACUCCAAGACAUCUCCUCCUUCAGCUGGCAGGAGCAGUCACCUACACUCUCGAUGCGUUAGAUGAAUUAACGGAGGAUCAGCUGCUGCUAUUGCUGGAGUCCUUGGAAAACAAGAUUGUGUCCCAACAGCUGAAGCUGGUUGAGAGCAUCUUGGACCAGGACAUAGAAGAGAGGAAGGGGUGUUUCCACGUGGAUGCCAGCUUGCUCUCCUUCCCCCGAGAGAAGGAAGGAAAAUUAACCAUUGCAAUGGUUGAGAUGAGCGGAGUGACACUCCAGAAAGAUGGAUCUGCUGUCUGUACAGGAGAAGCCUUCUCAGCUGUUGCAGCCCUGUACGUGUCCCUGUAUGUCCUCGAUCUCCUGAGUGACUCAGAGUAG